AUGUCGAGCAGCACCCCCCAAAUAACCUCAGCGCCGCCCUCUCAUCUCAACCUCCCCGAAGGUCUUACGCCAGACUCGAUUGACACCCUCACCGUCCUCUCUUCAAUCCUCUCCCGUGUCGAUCUCACGUCCAAGAACCCCACCGCCUCAACCGCCGGCUCACCACCAGCUGCCACGCCCUCGCAGCCCCCUGCCGACUUGGACCAUGGUCCACUCACUGUCAGAGACCUGCCAGCCGCGACGGACGGGCUGAAGCACAAUCUGCAGAAGGCGAAAGUGUUGUUGAAGCAGCUGCCGGAUCUGGAGAGGAGUAUCAAGGAGCAGGAAGACGAGAUGAGGGAUCUGGAGGCGAAGGUUGGGGAGCAGAAGGCCGUGUUGGCGCAGUUAGUGGAGGUGGGAGCCAGUGUCAAAAGGGAGAGAGAACAAAGAAAUCGAAAUGGUCGAGCGGAUGAUAUGGUGGAGACUUAA